AUGGCAAAACAAGAUGCGGAACAUGAAGAAGAUCAGACCAGGUCUUUGUCAUUGGCAAUGAUACCUGAAGAUGAACCGUCUACAGCUUAUCAAGUUGGAUGGCGUACCUUGAUGGGUAUUUUUGCGUUGUCAUUUGCAAACAACUGCGCUGCUGUUUCUAACACUACAAACACUAUCAUCAGCUUUCAAAUUAAGGCUCUCGGCGAUGCCUCCUUCGCUUCAUGGAUGGCAAAUGCAAAUCUCCUCGUCACACUAGCGUUUGGCCCAGUAUUUGGAUCACUCAGUGAUAGACUGGGCAAAAAGUGGUUUAUUGUCAUCGGUAGCCUAAUCGGCGUCAUCGGCUCUGUCGUCUCGGGAUCCGCAAAUCAUACUGCAGUCAUAGUGGCAGGAAAUGCGUUGACAGGGUUAGCAAAUGCAGGCUGCAUUAUGGGAGUCCCCGCUUCACAAGAAGUUACACCCAAUAAGUUGCGACCUUGGACAAUGGGCUUUUCACAGGCAAUGGCUAGCGCAAUUACCAUCGUAGGUACUAUCAGCGCGGGCGCCUUUGUAAAGUUCCAGUCCUGGCGCUGGUCAUACUAUUUCAAUGCUUUCAUCUAUGGCACGUCGUUCCUGCUCGUCUUGGCCUUUUAUCAUCCUCCACGACCAGGACUACGUCGCCAGUUAAGUCAGCGCCGUGAACUAUUCUCCCAGGUCGAUUAUCCAGGAAUUUUGCUCUUCACAGGCUCAAUCACCUCACUCAUAAUUGCCUUGACAUGGGGUGGUUCAACCUACGCAUGGUCCUCCGGGCAGGUCAUUGGAACUCUCGUCGCUGGCUGUGUUGGACUGGUCGCCUUUGGUCUCUACGAAUGGAAGUUCACAUCUAGAGGUAUCUUCGAUCAUCGACUGUUUCACACAAGGAAUUUCCCCAUUCUACUAUUUGUGUGUAUUGUGGAUGGAAUGCUACUCCUUGGUGUCAACGUUCUCUACGCCCAACAGAUCGCAGGUCUAUUCACGACUAAUGCAAUCCGCAUUGCUACAAUCCUUACGCCAUACCUAGCCACCUCAGCCUUUGGGUGCAUUCCAGCGGGCUGGAUAAUGGCCAGGACCAAAUCCUAUCGCAUAAUGCUUAUUGCGGCUCUUUUGUGGUGCAGUCUAUUUACUGGUCUAAUGGCACUGAUCAACCCACAACGACUCAGCUGGGCAUAUGCUUUCUCUGCUCUUUUCGGUAUGGGAACUGCUGUUACGACUGUCAUUCCAGUUGUGGCAAUGGGUCUCUCCGUUCCCUCUUUUCUGCUUGGUACAGCGGGUACCAUCAGUAUCUCGUGCCGUGCGCUUGGUGGAAUUGUAGGUAUCACUAUCUUCACCGCAGUAUAUGAUAACAAGAUAAGUUCAGCCGCACCUCGAUACGUUGGCUCCGUGCUUGAUGCCGCUGGAGAUGGCAACCUGAUUUCAGAAGUCAUGGCUGCGCUCGGCUCUGGAUCUACAGCAGCGCUACAACAAAUUCAGGGCUUAUCUGAGUCGCUUAUCCCAAAGAUCGAAGCUGCUUAUCUUGCGGCGGAGACUUACUCUUGGAAAUUUGUGUGGAUCGCUAUCUGCGUUGUGGUGGCGGUCAAUGCUGCUGUGGCUUGUUCACUUCACUCGGUGGCUACCAAGAUGAAUGAUCAUAUUGAGUCUGCGUUGGAGAUAUCUGAGGCUCGGGAUAAGCAGCUGCAAGAGUGA